UGACGUGGGAUGUGGGGCUUCUGCUACUUUUGGGAAGUAGGGGAGCUGGAGUAUUGUUCAUGGGGCAGUUCUUCGACAGUUUAGUCGUGACAUGAGCGAUUGCAAGAAGCGGCAGUCAGCGAGAGCACGAAAGCAAAGGUAGGUCAGUGUUCAUAGUCUGAAUGACUGAAGACAUAAAGAGCGCAGAGAGUCUCAGUGGACGCGUGUGAUUUAGAGCUGGCCGUGUGUCAACACGUGUAACUUUUGUCAACACCAAAUAUAGAAACAGGACAAGACACCUUCAAAGACAGGAGGACCACGUGUAGGAGCGUGUUUGACCGAGUAAAUCUAGAGUUGCACAAAGAUGGAAGACUGUUUGAUAGAAGACCAAACGUCCUUUUACUCAAAGGCAGAGCACUACUGGAAGGACGUCCCGCCCACUGUGGAUGGAAUGCUGGGAGGUUAUGGCAGCAUCUCCAGUAUUGACAUUAACGGCUCAAAAAAGUUUCUUCAGAAAUUCCUUGGGGAAGGCCAGGGUAAGACUGGCACAGGUUGUGCUCUGGACUGUGGCGCUGGGAUUGGCAGGAUCACCAAGCGGCUGCUCCUGCCACUCUUUCGAACAGUAGAUCUUGUGGACGUGACUCAGGAAUUCCUGGAUAAAGCUCGUACAUACCUGGGUGAGGAGAGCAAACGGGUGGAGAACUACUUCUGCUGUGGCCUGCAAGACUUUCAGCCCCAGCCAGAGCGAUACGAUGUCAUAUGGAUCCAGUGGGUGAUUGGUCACUUGACUGACGAUCACCUAGUGAAGUUCCUAAGACGCUGCCGGAGCGGUCUGCGUCCUGAAGGCCUGAUCGUGGUGAAGGAUAACGUUGCGUAUGAGGGUGUUAUCCCUGAUGACGUGGACAGCAGCGUCUGCCGGGACCUGAAUGUGCUGCACCGUCUUGUAGCCAGAGCUGGACUCAGCAUCAUCUAUGAGGAGCAGCAGAAGAACUUCCCUGAGGAGAUCUAUCAGGUCCACGCACUUGCACUCAGAUAGCUGAUGCCAUUCGGCAAGUACUUUUAUUAUCCAUCUGUAUUGAAACCAAUUAUGAGAAAGGGAAACUAGGAUCAAUAAAGCCACACAGGAGCUACUUGUUACUGCCAUUGUGGUCAUUUUUGUGAAGGCGCAAGACUUGAAAAUGGGUUUUAUGUAUGGGAGUCUGAAAGGUUCUUAUUAACCUUUAAAGUUUGUAUUAUGACAGCUGGAGCUGAGCUUGUGGUUGUCAUCAAUAUGAAUGCAGAAAUUGUGACUGUUAGCUUUUCUGAGAAGUGAACUGCUUACACUCCAGCUGAUCUCCCAUUUGAAGUCUUCUGUUAGUCUCAGCAGGGUUUCAUCACAGUGGAAGAUAAAAACAAUCAGGACAAAAAUGUAAACCACACACACACACACACACUGCUUCACAUUUAGCAGUGGAUGUGCCGAGAACAGGGAUAGUUCAUCCAAAAAUGAUUUGUUUUUUUCAUGAUCAUAUCAUGACUGACUUGUGAUGAAAAUAAUACUUGAGAAAUCUAUUUAAUGGUCAGUAUGUCAGUUACCAACAUUAUUAAAGGAACAUUCUCAUUUAAAAAAAAAGGCUCAGGGUUUUAGUUGAGUUUUACCAUUUUUUUAAUCCAUUCAGCUGAACUCUGAAACUGGCAGGAGCUUUUUUUAGCUUAGCUUAGCAUAGAUCAUUGAAUCAGAUUAGACCAUUAGCUUCUUGCUAAAAUUUCUAAUUUUCCUAUUUAUAGAUUGACUCUUCUGAAAUUCCAUCAUGUAGUUUAGACUGACAGAAAAUGAGAAGUUGCUGCUUUCUUGUUCAAUAUGGCUAGGAACUAUUCUCUCAUUCUGGCGUAAUAAUCAAGGAACUUUGCUGCAGUACCAUGGCUAGUACAUUUGGGAUAUUUUGUGAAUUCUAAAUGGUGGUACAAGUGUAGGGCUUCAUUAUGAGGACUAUUUUCAGACACUCUAGAUUCAAAAAUGGUAAAACUCAACUGUUUAACUUUAAAAAUGAGCCUGUAAAAUGGUGUAAAAGGAUUCCUUUCAAAAUGACUUCUAAAUGAAGUGAAAGACACAAGUUUGAAAAAUUGUGACGAGUAAAUUAUCCUGAGGUAAACUAUCCGUUUUAUAUCUGAUUAAUUGGAGUUUAGGCAUGUCUGUUGCACUGAAUGCUGUGUGAAAACUUUUUAAUAACUUAUGAAAACUUGAAUGUUUUAGUAUGUGUGAAUUUACAGCUGUUGACAGAAAACUCUCAAGUGAACCAUAUAUUGUAUUUUGCCUUGAAUAAACCAAUAUUUUGAAGCAG